ACCAUGGAGCCUAUCAUCUAUAACUCUAAAAAUUUGAUUGACCGAGCAUUGUCUGGGAGAGAUGCCAUUCUUGUGAAGUUCAACAAGUGUGCAGAGAAAGAUGGCCAGACUUAUUUGUCAGAAGCAAAGAAUGUGUUUGAGAAAAUGCAGAAUCCAAUGCUCCUAGAUCCUAAAGCAGAUCGGGAAGAAGUCCGGCAAUGUUUGAAUGACCUCUUUGAGCAAAUGGAAUCUGUGCAACAAAAGUCUAAGGCAUUAAAAGAUCGUCAAAAGGAGUUGAAGGUGGAGGUGAUUAAACUGGACUAUCUACAUGAAGUCCAAACCGAACUUAAAAUGAGAGAUGUGAUGGGGACAUGUAUCGAUCAAUGGGACAACAUCGUACAAAGAUGGACAGAGGUUCCAUUCAUGAACUUGGAACCAGAGGAGGUGACCUCCACCACUAUGAAAUACCUGAAGACGGUUCAAAUGCUAGAGAAAGGUCUACCACCCAAUGAUGUGGUCAGCAUGUUGAAGAAGAAAGUUGAAGUUAUGAAACAGAGACUUCAGGUAAUAACUGACAUGAGAAACCCACAUCUUAAAAAAAGGCACUGGGACUUGAUCCAGGAAGCAUUGAAUUAUAAAUUUAUCAAAGAUGAGCCUCUAACACUUGGCCUGUUGAUUGAGAUUGAUGCAUUUGACAAGUCUGAAGAAAUGAUGGAGAUAGCUGGCAUGGCGUCCUCACAGGCAGCUCUGGAAGCCAUUCUAAAAAAAGUGGUGGAUGCCUGGAAGCAUGUGGAGUUCCCUGUACUGCCUUACAAAGAUCAGAAAGAUGUCUAUAUAAUUGGGAGCACAGAUGAGAUUCAACAACUGUUAGAUGAUAGUAACAUUAACAUCCAGACCAUUCAGUCAUCAAGACAUGUAGGUCCCAUUAAAACCAAAGUGGAAGAAUGGGCGGCUAGUCUCAGUUUAUUUAACAAGACUUUGGAAUCAUGGAUCAACUGUCAGAGGACAUGGCUAUAUUUAGAAUCAAUUUUUAGUGCCCCUGAUAUUCAGAGGCAGCUUCCAGUGGAGGCCAAACUGUUUGUUGAAGUUGACAGAUCUUACAAGGAAAUUAUGAGGAGAGUAAAGAAAACUCCUCUAGCUAUACGUAAUGGAACACAGCCAGGUCUCUGGGAAACAUUUGAAUAUAACAAUGAAUUAUUGGAUAAAAUUCUGAAAUGUCUUGAAGCCUACCUGGAAACAAAGCGUGUUACAUUUCCAAGGUUCUACUUUCUCUCCAAUGAUGAACUACUCGAGAUACUUGCACAGACUCGAAACCCACUGGCUGUGCAACCACAUUUACGUAAAUGUUUUGAUGCUAUACACAGGCUAGAGUUUGCUGUGGUUGAAGGACUUCCACCUGAGGAAGAGAUUCAAUUUACAAAUGACAUAUUAAGCAUGAUAUCACCAGAAGGAGAGAAGAUUGGAUUGGGCAAAGGCUUGAAGGCAAGAGGUAAUGUUGAAGAUUGGCUUGGAAAAGUGGAAGAAGCCAUGUUUGCCAGCAUACGACGAUUGUGCAAAAAGUCAAUCAAAGACUAUGAGACAAUGUCAUUUCUUUCUUGGAUUAUGUCUAAUGCUUCACAAGUUGUUCUAACUAUAUGUCAAAUGAUGUGGACCCGUGAUGUCACAGCUAUUCUUAGAGACUCUCGAACAGUAAUCAGGGGAAUGAGGGACUUUGAACAAAGAAGCUUUACAGAGUUAAAUCUUCUAGCUGGGGCAGUGAGAGGAGAACUUCCUAAACUGGCACGAGCUACACUCUGCGCUCUUAUUACAAUCAAUGUUCAUGCACGGGACAUAAUUUCAGAAAUGGUGAAAAAACAGGUAUCAGAACUUUUAAGUUUUGACUGGCAAAAACAACUCAGAUAUUAUUGGAAUAUGGAAGUGGACAACUGUGUUGUCUGCAUGUCAAUUGCUGUCUACACCUAUGGCUAUGAGUACCUUGGAGCCUGUCCUAGAUUAGUGAUUACACCUCUGACCGACAGAUGCUAUCUCUGCCUUAUGGGAGCCCUACAACUUGAUCUAGGUGGAGCACCUGCAGGUCCAGCUGGUACUGGAAAGACUGAAACAACUAAAGAUUUGGCUAAAGCUUUGGCUAUAUGGUGUGUAGUGUUUAAUUGUUCAGACAGCUUGGAUUAUAAGAUGAUGGGAGGAUUCUUCUCUGGGCUAGCACAGUCAGGGGCCUGGUGCUGUUUUGAUGAGUUCAACCGAAUCAAUAUUGAAGUUUUAUCUGUUAUUGCUCAACAACUUAUUACUAUCAGAAAUGCCAAAGUAGCUAAGCUCAAUAGGUUCAUGUUUGAAGGGCGUGAGAUCAAACUGGUUCAUACAUGUGCAGCCUUCAUCACUAUGAAUCCUGGUUACGCUGGACGGACAGAAUUACCUGAUAAUUUACAGGCUUUGUUUAGACCUAUAUCAAUGAUGGUACCAGAUUAUGGUCUGAUUGCUGAAGUUAUCUUGUACUCUGAAGGAUUUGAGUCCUCCAGAACAUUAGCCAAGAAAAUGGUUCAAAUGUACAAACUUUGUAGUGAACAACUCUCGCAACAAGAUCAUUAUGACUUUGGUAUGCGAGCUGUUAAAUCUGUCCUGGUUAUGGCUGGCAGUUUAAAAAGACAGAAUCCUGACAAACCGGAAGAUGUAGUUCUGAUUCGAGCGCUUCGUGAUAGCAAUCUUCCAAAGUUUUUGUUCAAUGAUGCUAAACUGUUUCAAGCCAUACUUUCAGAUCUUUUUCCUGGUGUUAACAUACCAGAACAUGAUUAUGGCCAGCUGAAAGAUGAGAUCAUGAACAUCCAACUAGAAAUGAAGCUCCAAGUGGUGGACACGCAAGUUGUGAAAGUGAUACAGUUCUUGGAGACUAUGAUUGUCAGACAUGGUGUUAUGUUAGUUGGACCAACUGGGGGUGGAAAGACCACAAUUUACAGGAUUCUAGAAAAAGCCUUGACCAGUUUGUACAAUCAAGGUGUACAGAAUGAAUUCUAUCAACCAGUUCAUGUGUAUGUUAUGAAUCCAAAAUCUAUUACUAUGAAUGAAUUAUAUGGAGGUGUGGACAAACAAACGCUUGAGUGGAAAGAUGGGCUCAUGGGACUGACUGUCAGGUUUUGUGUCAACGACACAACCAAAGAUCAUCAGUGGAUAGUAUGUGAUGGCCCUGUGGAUGCAUUAUGGAUAGAGAACAUGAACACAGUGUUAGACGACAACAAAAUGUUAUGCUUAGCCAAUAGUGAGAGAAUCAAAUUUACACCUUACAUCCACAUGAUCUUUGAGGUGCAGGAUCUAGCCGUAGCUUCACCCGCGACAGUCAGCAGGUGUGGAAUGGUUUACGUUGACCCAGAUGAACUGAAGUGGUUACCAUUUGUUAAAACAUGGCUUGAUAAAUGGGGUAAAAAUAUGUCCCCGGAGGCUCCUGCCUAUCUUCUCAAACUCUUUGAAAUCUAUGUUGAAGAUGGUCUAAGAUUUGUCUCCAAAAAAUGUACUCAGACAAUGAACCAGGUAGAUAUCAGCAAAAUAAACUCAUUUUGUAAGUUGCUUGAAGCCAUUUUCUUCUACAAGCUUGGUCAAUUUGACUGGUCACUAGAAUCCUCCAAGAUGUUUCGAUUUCUGUGCCAGAUCUUUGUGUUUUGUUACCUUUGGGCUCUUGGGGGUAACCUCAAUGAUGAGUACAGAGAUGCUUUUGAUCUGUUUAUACGACAACAAUUUGAUGAAAAUCAAGAUGCCAAGCUGCCAGGAACAUAUCCUUUAUGGAGCUAUUACAUUGAGGUGGAUUCAAAGAGAAUGGAUCUGUGGGAACGUCUUGUCUCAUCCUUUCGAUUUGACAAAUCCAUUUCAUUUUUUAAAAUGAUGGUGCCCACUGUGGACACAGCACGUUAUGGCUACUUCCUAGAGCGGUUACUUUCUGUUCAAAAACCAGUGCUCUUUACAGGAGGGACAGGCGUGGGCAAGUCUGUGAUAGUAAGAGAUUUACUUGAUCGCAUCUCUGAGAGAAUGAACUACGUACCAGUUUACAUUAACUUUUCUGCACAAACCAGCAGCGGAAGAACUCAAGAAAUUAUUGAAGGGAAGUUGGAGAAACGAAAGAAAAAUGUUAUUGGUGCACCUCAAGGUAAACGAGUGGUCAUAUUUAUUGACGAUCUCAACAUGCCCAAACUUGACACGUACGGCUCUCAGCCACCUAUUGAACUUUUACGACAGUAUCUAGACUUUGAUGGUUUAUAUGACAGAGAAACAAUGACCUGGAAAGAGAUUCAGGAUGUAACCCUUGCUGCUGCCUGUUCGCCUCCUGGUGGUGGUAGAAAUCCUGUGUCACCAAGGUUAUUUCGACAUUUUUCCAUGUUCACCAUCCCAUCCCCAACUGAAAUGAGCCUGAAACAGAUGUUUUUAGCAAUCAUCAAUGGGUUUUUACUAGACUUCUCUCGCAAUGCCCGUACAUUAGCUGAACCAAUAGUUAACUCAGCUGUUGAACUCUAUUUUAGAAUGAGCUCAGACCUACUUCCUACACCUGCCAAAUCUCACUACGUUUUCAAUCUGAGAGACCUGUCUAAAGUAGUCCAAGGUAUAUUGCAGGCUGAUGCAGGAAUCUUCCGUGAAAAAAUUCAAAUUGUUCGUCUGUUUAUUCACGAGACUCAAAGAGUGUUCCAUGAUCGACUAAUUAACAAUGAAGACAAGCUUUUCUUCCACAAACUUAUGGCAGAAAUUGUGUACAAAACAUUCAAUGAGAACUUUGAUCCGCAUUCAUUUAUCAAAGAUCCUUUACUGUUUGGUAAUUUCAUGAAGAUGGGAUGCCCACCAGAAGAGAAAUUUUAUGAGGAGAUAUCUGACAUGAACAAACUUCAACAUGUUUUAGGGGAGUAUCUAGAUGACCUUAACCUUACAUCACCUAAAGAAAUGCGUCUUGUGUUCUUUAUGGAUGCAAUGGAACAUAUUACUCGACUAGUCAGGAUGAUUCAACAAGAAAGAGGCAAUGCCUUAUUGGUUGGAGUGGGAGGAACAGGAAAACAGUCAUUAACAAGAUUGUCUGCCCACAUGUGUAACUAUCGCUGCUUCCAGAUUGAGCUCUUUCGAGGCUAUGACUAUUCUUCAUUCCACGAUGACCUGAAAAAAUUGUAUGAUACAGCAGGCAUUCAAAAUAAACCCUCAAUUUUUUUAUUUACUGAUACACAGAUUGUGGUAGAAGAAUUUCUAGAAGAUAUCAACAACAUGCUGAACUCUGGAGAAGUUCCAAACUUGUUUGAACCUGACGAGUAUGAGAGGUUGAUAAUAGGCUGCAGACCAGGUGCUAAAGAGGCAGGAAUUCCUGAAGGAAAUAGAGAUGCAAUUUAUGACUAUUGUAUCCAUUGUGUCAGAAAUAAUCUGCACAUAGUAUUGUGCAUGUCUCCGGUGGGCUCUGCCUUUCGAUCACGAUGCCGGAUGUUUCCAUCUUUGGUCAACUGUUGCACCAUAGACUGGUUCAUUGAAUGGCCGAAAGAAGCUCUUUUAGGAGUGGCACAGUCUUUCUUUAAAACCGUAUCUUUAGGAUGUUCAGAUGAAAUCAAAGACAAUGUAUCUAAAAUGUGUGUAGAAAUUCAUAUGAGUGUCACAGAAAUGUCUGAGAGAUUCUUCACCGAGCUAAAGCGCCGUUACUACACCACACCCACUUCCUACCUUGAGCUGAUCAACCUGUACAUUACCAUGGUACAAGAGAAAACAAGUAAUAUUAAGACUGCUCGUGAGAGAGUAGCUAAUGGACUUUCCAAACUGUUUUCAACCAAUGAUUUGGUUGACAAUAUGAAGAAAGAACUUGUUGCUUUAGAGCCUGAACUUAAACAGAAGUCUGCUGACACUGCUGCCUUGAUGGAAAGACUUAAAAUAGAUCAAGAGAAAGCUAAUGUUGUUCAGAAACAGGUGGCUAUCGAUGAAGCCAAAGCGAAAACAACUGCUGAAGAAACUCAGGCUAUAGCAGAUGAUGCUCAGCGAGACUUGAACGAGGCGCUACCUGCGCUGGAAGUUGCAGAGAAAGCUUUGUUAGCACUAGACAAAAAUGACAUUGCUGAGAUACGAGUAUUUACCAAACCUCCAGAACUUGUUCAGACAGUUCUAGAAGCUGUUGCCAUUCUCUUAGGCAACAAGACAGACUGGGCGAGUUGUAAAGCCAUGCUGGCAGACACAAACUUCUUGAAAAAAAUUUAUGAAUAUGACAAAGAAAAUGUCCCAGCCGCCAAGCUGGCUAAAGUCAGGAAAUAUACAUCCAUGCCAAGUUUUGUACCUGACGUUGUAGCCAAAGUUUCAAAGGCUUGUAAAACUUUAGUCCUAUGGGUUCGAGCAAUUGAUGUUUACUCUGCUGUAGCUAAACAAGUUGAGCCAAAGAAACAAGCACUGGCUGAGGCUCAAGACGUUCUCAAUGAGGUUUUAAGUGUCCUCAAAGCUAAACAAGACCAACUGGCUGAAGUGGAGAAACAAAUUAAAAAUCUUCAGGCUGUCUUUGACAAGAGUAUGGCUGAAAAAAAAAGUUUGGAAAGAAACAUGGCUGUGACUGCCGCCAGAUUGAAGCGCUCUUCCAAACUGACAACAGCCUUAGCUGAUGAACAAGUUCGUUGGGAGGAAAGUGUUGCCAACUUUGAUGUACAGUUGAAAAAUGUAGUAGGAGAUGUUUUUAUAGCAGCAGCUUGUGUAGCUUACUAUGGAGCCUUUACUUCUACUUACAGGCAAAAACUUGUAGAAGGUUGGACUAAACGAUUGAUUGAUCUUCAAAUACCUGCAACAGAAAAUAUGACGCUUGUGUCAGUCUUGGCAGAUAUAUAUGAAAUUCGACAAUGGAAUGCUGACGGUCUGCCAAGAGAUGCUGUGUCAAUUGAAAAUGCUGUUCUUGUAACUAAAGGUCGCAGGUGGCCUUUGAUGAUUGACCCACAAGAACAGGCCAACAGAUGGAUCAGAAAUAGAGAGGCUCUAAAUAAGCUUAAAAUUAUUAAAUUAUCAAAUUCCAACUUUCUGAGAACACUGGAAGCUUGCAUAAGAGCAGGUUUACCUGUUUUGAUGGAGGAUGUUGGUGAAGCUUUGGAUCCAGCACUAGAACCUGUCUUGUUAAAACAAACAUUUAUACAGGGUGGGCGUGUGUUGAUUCGCUUGGGGGAUAGCGAUAUAGACUAUGAUCGAAACUUUCGUUUCUAUAUGACCACCAAACUGUCCAAUCCACAUUACUUGCCAGAAGUCUGCAUCAAAGUAACAGUUAUCAAUUUCACAGUCACCAAGAAAGGCCUUGAAGAUCAACUUCUUAGUGAUGUUGUCAGUUUAGAGAGACCAGACUUGGAAGAACAAAGAAAUGAACUCAUCAUGAGAAUCAAUGCUGAUAAGAACCAGCUGAAAUCUAUUGAAGAUAAAAUUCUGAAGUUACUUUUUGAAUCGGAAGGAAAUAUAUUGGACAAUGAAGAACUUAUCAAUACAUUGAAUGAUUCUAAGGUCACCUCAGCAGUUAUCAAACAAAGACUUGCUGAAUCCGAGACAACAGAAGAAAAGAUCAGUGUAGCCCGGGAGAAAUAUCGCUGUGUUGCUGAGAGGGGUUCAGUUAUGUACUUUGUGGUGUCUGACAUGGGGGAAGUAGAUCCCAUGUAUCAAUUCUCUCUCAAGUAUUUUAAACAGCUAUUUAACAAUACAAUCUCAACCAGUGAGAAGUCUGAUGACCUUCAAACACGACUGGACAUUUGCUUAGAAGAGACUACAGUAUGUAUUUACAAGAAUGUUUCUAGAGGUCUCUUUGAAAAACACAAGCUUGUAUUUUCAUUUUUGCUUUGUUCAGAGAUUAUGAAAACUGAAGGGGAAAUAACUCCCUUGGAGUGGAAUUUUUUUCUCCGUGGACCUAUUGGAGGUAUAGAGAAGCAAAAUGUCCCCAAACCAGAAAACACAACGUGGCUUCCAUUAAAUGUUUGGAAAAUGGCCUGCGAGAUGAGUGACACAUUUGAAGACUUCCGUUACAUCCAUUAUGAUUUGGAUAAAACACCUGUAUGGAUAAGACUGGAUGAAGGCCCUGAGGUUCGAGCAAAUCCUCCUCCGGAGCGCUAUCUCUACGCUGUCUUGGAUCCCCCUGAAUAUAACGAUGGUGAUCUGCCUCUUCCAGAUAGAGUUAAUGGAAAUUGGAAUGAUCGCCUGACAGCUUUUCAAAAAUUAAUGUUUGUUAAAGUUUUCCGUGAGGAAAGGACAACAUUUGCAGUGACAGAGUUUGUUUCUGAAUGUUUAGGGAAACAAUUUGUUGAAAGUCCUCCUGUCACAUUGCCAGAACUCUAUGAAAGUAUGUCUAAGACUACUCCACUUGUCUUCGUUCUUUCUCCAGGAUCAGAUCCAAUGACAUCAUUUCUACGUUUUGCUAAAGAUAUGGGAGUUCAUGAAAAUGUGAAAUCAAUUUCACUUGGCCAAGGUCAAGGUCCAGUGGCGGAUAAAAUGAUCAAGAAUGCAACCAAAUUUGGUGAAUGGGUUUUUUUACAGAAUUGCCAUUUAGCCGCUUCAUGGAUGAAUGCCAUGGAAGACAUUAUAAAAAAUAUCCAGGAGACCAGUUCACUUUUACACAGCAACUUUAGACUCUAUCUGUCUUCAAUGCCUGCCAAACAUUUCCCUGUCAGUGUUCUUCAGAAUAGUGUCAAAGUCACUAAUGAGCCACCUAAGGGCAUUAGAGCCAAUCUAAGAAGGGCAUUCAUAGAUAUGUCAACUUCAUUUUUUGAAGACCACCCUCUGGGAAUGGACUGGAGGAAGAUCAUUUUCGGCAUUUGUUUUUUUCAUGCUGUUAUUCUUGAGAGGAAAAAAUUUGGACCAUUAGGCUGGAAUAUUACAUACGCUUUUAGUGAUAGCGACAGAGAGUGUGCAUUGCUCAACAUGGAAAUGUUUUGUAAAGAUGGUUACAUCCCUUGGGAGACACUGAUCUAUAUAACAGGAGAGAUUACCUAUGGUGGUCGAGUCACAGAUGCCCAAGAUCAAAGAUGUCUAAGGACAAUUUUAAAGUUUUUUUUCAGACCUGAAACCUUAAAACCAAAAUAUAAAUACUCAGAAUCAGGUAUUUACUAUCCACCUCUUGUCAAGACAUUGGCUACUGUCAAGGCUUACAUAGAAUCUCUACCACUUAUAGAUGAGCCAGAAAUCUUUGGGCUCCAUGAGAAUGCAAACAUAGCCUUUCAGUUGAAUGAAACCAAUGCUUUACUUGCUACAAUACUUGAUGUUCAACCGAGAAUCGUAGCAGCUGAUGGUGGGAUGUCUAAUGAUGAUAUUACUUAUGAACUUGCUGAGGCUGUCCUGGAUCGAUUGAUUGACAAACUGGAUAUUGAAAGAGCGAAUCCCAAUAUGUUUACACCUGACGCCAAAGGUCGCAUAAACUCUUUAACCAUAGUGUUGAUGCAAGAAACUGAAAGAUUCAAUAAGCUGCUUAUAAUAAUCAAGACAUCAUUAGAACAACUGAAAAAAGCCAUCAAAGGUUUCGUAGUGAUGAGUGAGGAAUUGGAGAAUGUAUACAAUGCUUUUUUAAAUAACCAUGUCCCAGAAUUAUGGGCCAGAAACGCUUAUCCUUCGUUAAAGUCUUUAGCAUCUUGGGUUAAAGACCUGAUAAUGAGGUGUUGUUUUAUUGACAGUUGGAUCAAUAAUGGACCUCCUAAGUCUUUUUGGUUGUCUGGCUUCUUCUUUCCACAAGGUUUCUUGACUGGAACUCUUCAAAAUUUUGCUAGAAAGUACAACCAGCCUAUUGAUCAUCUCUCAUUCAAGUUCAUUCUCCUGCCAUAUUCUAGAGAAGAAGCACUAGUUAUGGAGCAGCUGCGUACAGUUAAAAAGGGCGAAACAAUACCUAUGGAUCAAAAUUUGGAUGUUCCUGAUGAUGGAGUGCUUGUACAUGGACUCUAUAUGGAUGGUUUUGCCUGGGACUGGGAUCACAUGACUGUUGGUGACCAAUUGAAAGGCCAGAUGCAGGCAAAUUUGCCUGUAAUGCACAUGGAUCCUCGCCUAGACUAUGAACCAGAUUUAUCUCUCUAUCCAGCGCCACUCUACAAAACAGCUGCAAGAGCUGGCACACUUUCCACUACAGGACAUUCUACUAACUUUGUUGUAACUGUCCACCUUCCUUCAAGCAACACACAAGAUUACUGGAUAGCUAAAGGUGCAGCACUCUUAUGUCAAAUUUCUGAUUAAUUUUGCUUACAGAUAAGUUGUAAAGCAUUUAACAAUAAAAACAA